AUGUGGAGAAAAAGCAUUCUGUUCUGCCUUCCUGGCAUCUACCUCGCGCUGACCGGCCUGGGAGCCGGCGGCGGUCGACCCAGCUCACAGCACGUUGCUUCAGUGACCAACUCAAUUCUCUACGGCGUCUACACUCUCAUGGGCUGGCUCGCUGGAGGUUUACUCAAUUACCUGAAACCAAAAUAUACCAUCGCAAUCGGAGCGGUGGGAUACCCCCUCUACGUUGCGUCGCUAUGGUACUAUGACCGUGUUGGGAAUGAAGCCUUCCCUCUUGCAGCUGGUGCCAUCUUGGGGUUCUGUGCCGCGUUGCUGUGGACUGCUUCCGGGUUCAUUCAAUUCGCGUAUCCUACAGAAACAGACAAAGCAAAGUAUAUCACCUGGCAGUGGGUUUUGACCUCGUCCGGCAGCACAGUUGGAGCACUCAUUGCUUUCGGCGCCAACUAUGGCCAGACCGCGGCGGUUGGAGUGUCGACUCCAGUAUACGUGGUCUUCAUCGUCAUCAUGUGCGCAGCCAUUGCCUUGGACCUGGUGCUCAUUGUGGAUCCGGAGGAUGUAGUCCGAGAUGACGGUCGACAUAUUGCCAUCUUCAAGCACCCCAACUUCAAGGACGAGCUCAAGGGAAUCUUGUCUGUGUUGAUAGAUCCCAAGAUCGUUCUCCUGUUGCCGGCCAUGUUUGUGGGCGAGAUGUGCCUUGCCCUGACGAGCAGUAUCAACGGAUACUAUUUCAACUUGAGAACGAGAUCGUUGAACAAUCUUCUGUUCCAGUUCAUCAUGAUCCCGGCCCCGAUAUUCUUGGCUUGGAUCAUGGACAAUAAGAAGAUCGCGUCCCGACGGUCCAAAGGUCUGCUGGGAGCCACCUUUGUCACGGUGGUUACCUUUGGCGCUACGGCUGGCUUGAUGGGCUGGACGUAUGCCAACGACAUUGACCGCCACAACCCGGCUCCAGGGGUUGACUGGUCCGAUUCCGCCUUUGCCGCCGGGUUCAUUCUCUACCUUCUCUUCGGCAUCGUCAAUGCGUGCUUCCAAAUCGCCGUUCAGUGGACGAUGUCCGCCCUCACCAAUGACCCUGCUCUCUGCGCUCGAUAUGCCGGAGCUUUCAAAGGCACGGUCAGUUUCGGCAUGUGCAUUUCCUUCACCAUCGACUCCCAGGGUAUGAACUUCAAGAAGCAGAUCAUCGUUCAGCUGGUCCUGUACGUGGCGGGGGUGAUCAGUCUGUACACCGUCAUUGCCUUGUACGUGAGACAGACCAACUAUUUCCUCGAGGACUCGGUCAUCGUGCCCCAGGAAGUAGAGCAGAAGUCUUUGGUGGAUGGAACGGUUCCUCCGGAGCAGGUUCUUAGGGAACACGAAAAGGAAGAGAUCGCCGAGGGGAAAGGUCCUCUGGGUCCCGUGCAAGAGGUUAGGUCGAUGGAUUGA